AUGGGAAGAAAGAAGAAAAAGAUUGUUAAACCUUGGUGUUGGUAUUGUAAUCGUGAGUUUCAAGAUGAAAAAAUUCUAACUCAACAUCAAAAAGCGAGGCAUUUUAAAUGUCAUAUAUGUCAUCGAAAACUGUUCUCAGGACCUGGGUUGGUAACACAUUGUUUACAAGUACAUAAGGAAACAAUCGCAAGGAUUCCUUUUGCUUUACCUGGACGUGAUUCUAUACAAAUUGAUAUAUUUGGAAUGAGAGGAGUUCCACCAGAAGAUGAAGGUCCUUCAGCUGGUCAAAGGGAACCACAGCCAGAAGAAGUAAGUGAAACGGCGAAACCUGCACAAGGUUCAUAUCAAUUUCAACCAAUGUUUUUCAAUGCUCCAAGAACGAAUCCUGUUCCACCUCCUCCAUCUCAAUUUGUACCUCCUCCGGUUUCAAUGUACGGGCAAGGUGUUCCUCCACCACCUAUUGGCAUAAAUUCGGCAUCCGGAAUAAAAUUACCUGUUGGAUUACCUGCUCCUAUGCCUGUUUUUCCAAUGUCCAUACCUGGUUUGCCAAUUCCUUCUUCUAACCAAUUAAUAUCACCAGUAGUUCCACCUCCGCUUUUAACAACUGGAAACACAAAUAAUUUAAAUCAGGGAUCAUCUUUACAAUCGAAUCCUCCCAAAGAUAUAGUUAAAAAAUUAUGCCAAGUUAAAGCGUCUACUGUGGUUAACAGUGAAUUAAGUCUUGAGGAAAAGUAUCUUCUUUCAAGAAAUGUAGUUAUUGCAUUUCCAGAUGCUGAUAAAGAACAUAUGCCAUAA